AUGUAUUAAUUUAAACCAAGAGAAUCUAGAAAUUUCAUCCAAAAACCUAUCUCUAGAAAAUUUUGCUUCUUUGAAAUCAAAUCCAAUUGGAGUAUUCUUAAUCAAAUUAUGAUUUCCCUCUUCCUACUCACUUUCAUAACACUAUUAUUUGUUACUUCAUAAGUCAUCAUUGGUCUAUAUGUCAGCAAACAUUUUUUCAAUUUAUUUGCUACUAAUGCUAUCAAUAAUUAUACAGAAACUAUGUACGAAUUUCAAGCACAUUUAUUGCAGAAUACUGUUUAAAAUUAAUCAUCUUUCGAUUCUAAUCUAGUUAGAACAUAUCCUAUUGUCAAUAAUUAAUCUAUUAAAGAAGUCUUUUCAUUUGUAACCAUCACCCUUUUAUUAAUAGGUUCUUAAAAUGCAAUAAAAUGAUACUACAUUCUCUAAAUGUGAUAAUUUUACCUGCUAUCUAGCUGGAGAUUAUUCAAAUAAUACAAACUCAUAUGUAGUUGUAACAAAUCAUCCUUUAUCAAGAUUUAUAUGGACGAAAUUGAAAUCUAUAAUUAAGCAAAUGAAAUUUAAAUAUCAUCAGAUAUUGAAUUCAAUGAAAAUCUACUCUAUACUAUAUAUUUGAUUAGUGGCUCUUUCUUGUUAAUAUUACUACUUGGAUGGAUAUUUGCUUAUUAUAUUGUGCGUCCCCUUAAAAAAUUAGCACAAUAUGCAUAACACAUCAAUUAAAAUACCACAAGGUUAUCAACUGGCAAAAGAAGCAAAUAAAAACCUAUUGAAUUAAAAGAUAUCACAGCACAAGAUAAAAUAGGAGAGUUAGUUGAUGAAUUCAAAAAUCUAAUUUAAGGAUUGGCUGGAUUGAAGAAAGGAAAUGUAAAUUUUUUUAUUAUUGUAAGAUAUAAAAAAAAUCCCAAGAAAUUAAACCUUUUUUGGUAGGAUAUGAAAAUUAAAAUUAAGAUUAAUUUAAAGAACUUUUAGAUGAUAUAAAUAAAUUUGAAGAAGAAAAAUAGAUUGGAAUAUUUAAUAUGCAAUUAUGA